AUGCAGGAGCACAUCCGGCGGGCGCACCCGGAGCAUUACAUAUCCAAGCUCCCCGCGACCGAGGAGAGCUUCCUGCUCAUGAUCAGCACCCCGCCGAGCGAGCGGCCCCAGACGCAGCAGAGCUCCGGCCCGAGCCCACACCAGAACAAAGGAUACCUACAUGACAACGCAUUCCACCGAGAUGCGUCCAGCGGCCCCGGCACCCCGCGAAACUCGGAUGAGUAUGUCGGCGGGGCCAUGCUGCCAGCCGCGAGCGCUGCAGCUGCCCUGGCCCAGUUGCACAACCACAGCCAGGAGCCCGGGUGGGAUCCCGAAGCCGACUGGCACUCAGACACCGACAAGGGGAGGAUACCGAGGUCGUCAAUUGAGCUCCCACCGCUCCAUCUCGCCAAUGCAGACAUCACUAGCGAGCCGUUCCCCGGCCUCAAUUCGGGACGGGCGCGGGACCUGCUGCCCUCCAUUCUCAACACCUCACCGCCUGGCCGAUCGUCAACCCUGCCACCUCUGCAGCGCCUCGGUCCGAACCGGCCGAGGAAGCAGUCGGUCACGAAGAGAGGACGGGAGGCGCACCACAAGAAGCAAAAGUCGCGCGGAUCGACGGCAGACUGGGUCCGCCGUCUGCAGAACGAGACGCUUGGGGACCGCCUCCGACCGGGCGGACCUCUCAAGGCCAUGUCGGCAGAGCCGUCGGCCGACUACGGCAAGCGCUGGGAGGACCUGAUCGACGCAGCGACCUCUGCGACCGAAGACAUUGACGAAGACCGGACGCCGGUAGGUCCACGCAGCCCUCACUUUGACCAACCGGCCCUGACGUAUCAGGUCCCGCAAUCACCAGUCUCGAUCCACCGCGCCUCGCUGCCGCCCUUUCCCCAGCAGCCCUUCCACAGCUACCAGGCGUCGCCGCUGCAGCAGGCGCUCACGCCGCCGCCGUACACGCACGAGGCGCCCGAGCCCUUCCCCUCGGUCGAGUCGGCCGAGAGCGGCGAGGUCUUCAACAUGGACGGGCGGGGCCUGUCGGACUCGUCGCCGAGCUUCUCACAGCAGAACCCCCAGAUCUACUGCGCUGCCUGCCAAAGCGUCUCGUACCUCAAGGAGUCGUACGCCUGCACAGAGUGCAUAUGCGGCCUGUGCCAGGCGUGCGUCGACAUUCUGAUGGGCGAGCAGGGCGCCAGAAGAAAAUGCCCUCGCUGUGGGACUAUCGGCGGUCGGUUCAAGCCAUUCCAGCUCGACAUUCGGUGA